AUGCCCGUCGUGAUUCGAGCCAAAAUCUUCAUUCAAGUAGGUUACGACAGCUGGACUGGGAUGCUCCUUUUCCGUCGGAGGAGGCCCAGCGCUGGCAACGUCUCUUCGAUGAACUUGCGCUACUCGAGGGCCUCCGUAUUCCACGCUAGCAGCGGCGACAGGUACUCUCGAUUAGAACUCCAUGGUUUCGCCGACGCAUCCGAACGCGGAUAUGCCGCCGCGAUUUACUUGCGAAUCGCCACCUCGACACAGUCCGGUUGCUCGCAGCGAAGAGCAAGGUCGCAUCGAUCAAGUCAAUCACGGUGCCGAUUAGAACUCUGCGCCGCGGCACUACUUGCAAGCAUGACAGCUCAUGUAUGCACUAUCAUGAGCCUACCGACAGCACCUGUCAUCCUCUGGUCAGACUCCAGGGUCACUCUCCAGUGGAUCAAGGGCCAUGCAUCCAAAUGGAAGACCUAUGUGGCCAACCGCGUGUCGCGCAUUCAGGAGCUUCUCCCUGAAGCUCGAUGGCGACACGUUCCAGGGAAGGAAAAUCCGGCCGACUGCGCCUCCCGAGGAAUAUCACCAAGUGAGCUCGUCAACCAUCCCCUGUGGUGGACUGGUCCUGCCUGGCUGCGCGACGACGUCGCCAACUGGCCGAGCGACUACGAGGAAGCUUCUGCAGAGGACCUGGAGACAAGAGCCGUUGCCAUCGUCACCGCCGCUCAGAUCGUUACCGAGCCUGAGAUGCUUCGCCGGUUCUCUUCACUGCAUCGGCUCCUAAGGGUCACCUCCUGGUGUCUUCGCUGGCGCCUUCACCGGGAGAGCGCUGGCGUCUCAACGGCAGCAAACGUGUCACUACCCCCCGACGCACUCGACAACGCACUCCUCCUGUGGCUCCGAGUGGUUCAGGCCAUGCACUACCCAGACGAGACGAUCGCCGCUAGCAGCAACACCACACCUUCACGUCGAGGUCAGCUGACAGCACUGAAUGCAUACUCUGACGACCAUGGAAUUCUUAGAGUCGGAGGACGUCUGAGACACGCAGCACUCUCCGUCGACGAACGACACCCUGUGAUACUGCCACCAGAGUCGUGGCUGACUCGCUUGAUCCCUCCAAUGGGCGAUCUUCCGCAAGGGCGAGUGACUACAGCACGCCCAUUUCUGCGAACCGGCGUAGACUACGCCGGGCCUAUUUUCAUCCGCGAAGGCAAAAGACGAGGAUAUCGAGGGCACAAGGCUUUCAUCGCUAUAUUCAUCUGUCUCUGCUCCAAGGCCGUCCACAUUGAAGUCCUCUCAGAUUACACGACAGAGGCUUUCCUAGCGGCACUCCGCCGUUUCACAUCACGACGAGGCCUCUGUUCAGACAUCUUCUCAGACUGUGGCACGAACUUCACUGGAGCGGACAGACAGCUGCGAGAGAUGCUCCGGACCAACGGCCGUCGCAUCGCUCACGCCGCCUCUGAAGAAGGAAUUCACUGGCACUUCAACCCACCUGCCGCACCGCACUUCGGAGGCCUCUGGGAAGCAGUCGUGAAAUCGACGAAGUACCACCUGCGACGAGUCAUCGGCGAAACGAAGCUCACGUUCGACGAGAUCAGCACUCUCUUGACGCAGGUGGAGGCUUGUCUAAAUUCACGGCCUCUGCAUGCGCUUUCUGAUGAUCCAGACGACCUCACGACGCUAACGCCGGGGCACUUUCUCAUGGGCGCUCCACUGUUAGCUGUUCCUGAGCCGGAGCUAACCACUCUCUCUAAGCAUUCUCUUUCCAGGUGGCAACACAUCCAGAGGAUGCGCGAUCACUUCUGGCAGCGGUGGUCACGCGAGUACCUCUACAUACUGACCGCCCGUCUGAAGUGGACUAAGCCGGAGACACCACCACGCGUUGGAUCACUUUGCCUGCUUUGGUCCGAAACAAAGCCGCCGUGCAGGUGGCCCUUUGCACGCAUCACGAAACUUCAUCCUGGCGACGACGGCACGGUCCGUGUGGUGACACUGCGCACAGCCUCCUCUGAGCUCAUCCGGCCUCUAGUGAAAAUCGUGCUGCUGUCAAGGGAAGUAAACGCAAAUACGUCACCCGACAGCGCAUAA